AUGAGAUAUACUGAGAUCGUCGCCGCUUCGGCCCUCGUGGCCACUGCUGCUGCUCGCGCAAACGUCAACAGCAGCCCACUGGGCAGCCGCAUGCAUGCUCGCGACAUGAAGCUGUCGCGUCGAGAGGUCCCUCAGGAACAGUCGCACAAGCCGAUCCUCGUCAAAACCCAGGAGAUGCUUCUGCUCGACAACCCAAACCAGAUCGUGGAUUCCGUCUUUGGUCUGCUUGGUAAUGCGGCGGCCUCGGAAGGCGCAGGACUCAUCACCGACUUCGACUGCCUCCAGCAAGCCACCGCUGACCAAGCAUUCACCAAUGCUGUUGCAGCUGGUGACCUCGAAGGCCAGGUUGCCGCUCUGCAGUACCGUGCACUAGAGCGCAACACCGGUCAGGUCGGCCUUGCAUCGGUCGACUGCACUGCUCUCCAAGCCGUGAACCCGGAAAUCGCUGCCAUUUCUCAGCACCAAGACCCUGCUUCCGAUGGUGCCGCAGACAUCAACAAGGCCAUCGUUCUCGAGCUCGCCAUCCAGAUCGCGUCCAUCGGCGGCGACCCACUCCAGGCAAUCAACUCCGGCACAUUUGAGCCUGGCGACGUCGGUGACCCCACUGCCGCCGGCAACACCUGCAAUGUUGCGGACGAUGCCGAGGGCUGCAUUUUCUCCCAGAACCUGCUUGUACCUGACGCUUCAGAGGACGAGAUCGCCGCCGCCGUUGCUGCUGGCGUGGUCGAUAACGUUACCCAGAACGCGAUGCACAAGCCAGCUGAUGCCGAAGCAAAAGCGAAGGCCGACGCCGACAAGGCCAAGAAGGAAGCCGAGGACGAAGCCAAGAAAGCCCAAGAGAAAGCCGAUAAGCUCAAGCAAGACCAAAAAGUAAAGGACAACAAGAACAAGAACAAGGAUAAGGAUAACAACAAGAACAAGAACAGGAAGGAUAACAACGACGACAAGUUCAACAAGAACGACUACAACAACGAGAUCAUCCGCCAGAAGAACUUCGACAUCAUCCUUGUUCAGCAGCUCGCCGCACAAGCCAUCUUCGACGUGCAGGCUCAUGCUUGGCAGCUCAUUGCGCAGAAGCAAGCUGAGCUUGAGCUGUUGCUGCUACAGCAACAGAUCGACCAGUUGCUCUUCCAGCAGCAGUUCUUCCAGUUCAGUCAGACUAUCGUCAUCAACUUCAGCUUCGCUGUUAAUCAGUACAUCGGCAUUUUGGGUAGCAACCAGCAGGUGCUUAACCUUGGCGGUCUCCAGAAUAUUGACUUCCUGAACCAGUUCGUUGGUCAGUACCUGGGUGGACUGCAGGAUAUACAGAAGCUGCUCGAUUUCGGCCAGGUCGGUCAUGGAAGUGGCAACCUUGCGCAACUGUUCCAGGGCUUCACUGGGCUUCAGGCAUCUUACUGA